UCCGUGUAGAGGAACUUGUCAUUAACCGGCCCAAAACAUGCGCGCAUUGGGACCUCUGGCUGUUGCACUGCACGCAUCUCUGCUCGUGCUGCUGGCUCAGGGGAUUCAAAAAAGCAGAGAUGGAGUUUAUAUGAGGUCGCUGCAGCGUUUUUCCGUGAUGGACCGAUCAACCGGGUACCACCUGCCAACCUACAUGAUGCAUCUCUAUAGGAAUUUCAAGUCAAACUUCUCCAGGCCUAUGGAUACUAUGGAGCAAGAUGCCGCAAAGCAAGCAGACACCGUGAAGAGUGUGGUGGCUAAAAGUUUGACGUACAGACAGAGGCGCUGGAUUGCGACCUUUGACCUCCAUGCCCUGCUGGCUGACAAACAGAUCCAGGCAGCAGAGCUGAGAAUCAAGCUUCCUCGGACACCGAGUGCUUCCAACAUCACUGUGGAGGUCUAUCACCAGCACGGCCAGGCGUGCCAUACGCACAAGAGCUGCCAGGAACAGCAGCUGGUGGGGCUGCUCACUGAAUCAUCACCGGUCACUUCAUCACAGAGCUGGAAAGUGUUCAACAUGACAAGUCCUCUCUUGAACUGGCUCAGACAAAAAUCUUCAGUGAGAAUUCAACACAGAGUGUCAAGAAGAACGAAAGUGUUAAAGACAAAGAGUGGCCUGUCGCUUCCUGAUCAGCCUGUCUAUGUAGCGAGCCAGAGGAGAGAGCAGGACGUGAGCGACCAGGCCUUGUUGGUCGUCUUCUCACACACAGGCUCUGAUGAAAACUCAAAGGCCAAAGCGAGCUUACUCCAUACAGCUGAACAAUCCAAGUUCUUGUCCCCUGCUGAAAUCAAAAAGGCCCACUGGCCAAAGAGGCGCAGGAGCAAACGGGGCCAGAGAGAACAAACAGUGAGAACCCUGCAGGCGUCCAAAAGAGGGAGUGAAAAAUCUCUCUGUCGCAGAGUUGACCUGCAUGUAGACUUUAACCAAAUUGGCUGGGGGUCCUGGAUCAUCUUUCCUAAAAGAUAUAAUGCCUACCGCUGCGAGGGUUCCUGCCCUGGUCCCCUGGGAGAAGACUUAAAUCCAACAAAUCAUGCUUACAUGCAGAGUUUACUGAAACAUUACCACCCUGACAGAGUGGCAUCACCCUGCUGUGCCCCAACCAAAAUGAGCCCAUUAAGCAUGCUGUACUAUGAGAACGGAGAAAUGCUCCUUCGACAUCACGAAGACAUGAUUGUGGAUGAAUGUGGCUGCCAGUGACAGCUACAACCAUGACCUGUGUUGCUGAGUUGUGUAACAGCACAAAAAUGCUGUGCAGAAGCAACCACUUUCUGAAAAACAAAAGAAAACACUUAGCCAGAAGGAAAAAGCUCUUUGUUAUUUGUCACUGUGCACUGUAAGAUUGUUGCUGAUCUAUGUGCAGAGAUGGGAUUUUAAUUAGUCAUGUGAGCUCUGGUUUGUAAGGAGAACAUUGUUAUUUUAAGAUGUGCUGAAAUACAAACUCAACAACAGCAUCCAGCAUUCCAGCUGCAUGUAGUUGACACAAUCUAAUGUACAACUUUAUUCCCCUUAUCAAUUUCAUCAAUGUAAACAUGAAAUGGCAAUGUUGUUGAAUAUUCCAGCACUGUUUUUAUUGUACACUACCAUUUGUGUAACUGUAAAUUAAUGUAUAUUUAUUGUAUAUAUUAAAAAAAUUGUAUUUAUGUACAUUUA